CGAAGAGCCACAAGAAUGAUGAAAGGAAUUCAGCAGAGCCAGGAUUUGAACUUCAGUUUUCUGAGUCCCCGUCGAGAGCCACCAGAACAUCUUUCCUCCCGACGAGGCGACAAAGUUGAACAAAUAGCAUCUGUAUACAGAAGACAAAUGACCAACAAAAAUGACAACAGGCAGAAACGCUUGAUAGACGGGGGUGAUAUAUCUUCUUUGGUCCGGCAAAGUAUAAGAAAAAGUCGACAGACAGAUGCCAUGCCCUCCAGUGCAAACAGAGAUUUCAAAAUGAAUGAUUCAGAUGAUGAGGAGUGGGAGGAAGAAGAGGAGGAGGAUUCUGAUAGCCGCAGUGAUGACAAUGAAUCUGAAAAUGGUGAGGAAAAUUAUAAGAAGACUGAUGUGCAUCAACCACCAAGAGCUAACGCAAGUGAUGUUUUGCGGCCGUCUCUUCAGUCAAAAGAUCCCCUACCAGUUGUACGAAAGCAACCAGUGUUUAACCAGAAGAUGACUUUCACGAAAUCAAAUGAAGCUGAAUCUCAGGCUCAACCCUAUAAGCUGAACCUGUCUCAGCCUUCAGCAAAAAAGCCUGUUGGACAGUCCAGUGCAGGAUGGUUUAAGAUGUUGAUUUGGGUGUUGGCAGUAGUUGCCAGUGUUGGCUUAUGGUAUGUCUGGAAAAAUCAAUCCCUAAAGGCUUUGCCGAGUGAAGAAAUUAAAGUUGUGCAAGAAUUUCAGACCCAGAUGAAGAAACUUAUGAAUGUCUAUCCAAAUCAGGAUGCAAAACUGUGGGAGAGAAUCCAAAUGUUCCUUGUGAAACGACUCAAUACUACCCAGCCCCACUUGCAGCCUGCCAUCUUACUGCUCACAGCUGCCCAAGAAGCUGAAAAAUCUCUCAGCUGCUUAAGUAACCAGAUUGCUGAAGCCUAUUCCUCUUCUCUGAGUGCUGCUACAAUCAAGAUUGAUGGGGCUGGCAAAGCCAAAAUGAAUAGUGACACUGUCAAACUGGAGGUAGAUAAUGAGCUAAGCUCUGGGUUCCAGGAAGGUAAAAAAGCUGCAGUGGUGCAUCGGUUUGAGUCUCUGCCUGCAGGCUCCACUCUGAUCUUCUACAAGUACUGUGACCACGAAAAUGCGGCAUUUAAAGAUGUCGCUCUCCUGCUAACUGUCCUUCUGGAUGACAAGUCGCUGGCAAAGAGCCUCAGCCUGCGGGAAGUUGAGGAGAAAGUGCGGGAUUUUCUCCAGGAAAAAUUCACCAAUUCAGACACUCCUAGCUCUUAUAAUCACAUGGACAUAGAUAAGCUGAGUGGACUGUGGAGCCGCAUAUCCCACCUGGUCCUUCCUGUCUGGCCUGAAAAUGCUCUCCCUAAGGAGGGCUGCUUACAGAUGAAUUAAACGUAAGACGUGGGAGGAAAGGAAAAUAGCGUUGUGGUAUCUGGGCAGGGCAAAACUGUUCUCUGGGCAGAACAAGGACUUGGCAGGGUUAUUCCAUUUAAAGGAACUGGAGUUCUCUCUAGGCAGCUGGAGAGCAUUAGUAAGGAGCACAUUUGUCACGCUGGUCUCUCUUCAGUAACUUACUGGGCCUGGUGCUCUGUAGGCAGAAAUGUCUUGUCUCCAUUGUAGAGCCAUCCAUCUAUAUGUAAAGCUAUUGUAUGCAGUAGACCAGUUUCUCCCUGCUGAAAAGCUUUUUCCAGCUGUAGGCAGUACUUCCAUGGGGUAUGGGAAGAUAAUGGGGUCUAAUGGAUUUCAGACUCCUCUCCUCUACCUGCUUAGAAUUUACCAGAAUAACAUUCACUUCUGUUCUCAGAGACUUAAUUUUAUUGAUUGGAGGUUGGAGUUGCAUCCAACCAUUGGCUUUCUUUCUCCAGCUGACCACAGGCUUGGAUUAUAAGUAGCCUCUGCAUGUGUCCUUGACUGGCUGAUUUAUACAGGGAGUGUUUUGGUUCUGGGGAAACUUCUUAAAGCUAUUUUGUUCGAUUUAUAUGAGCCUCCCCCCUUAGUUUUAGAGGCUGGAAUGACCAAGAUGCAAGUGAUUGCUCCGACAUUAACUCAUCAGUUAAAAUAUAUAUCUUCAGAGCACUCAGGAUCCCUCUGUUCUGCAUUAAGUUUUUAAGACAUACAGAUCUCAAGGAAGAAAUGUAAAAUGUUCCAAGGCCUGCCCAGUCCCCUCUGAAGCCGAAGGUGUACAUUCUGAACAGAUUAUCUUGGAGAGUAUAUUUGAAGAGUAUUUUUACAUCAAGAGGCUUUGUUUAUUACUGUGAUACACCUUAAUCCCGAAUGACUCCCCCUGUGUGUCUGCAUAAAGCCUGCUGCUUCCUGUGUAACUGUUGAGUGAAGAAAAAGACUUGAUAUGCACAUGUUGAACAUAUUUUGAGUGCCUCAUGCAAAAAUCCCUAAACUUUACCACCCAUUAAAAAUUAUGUGUAUCUAUACCCUAUAGGAGAUCUGUCAUACUUUCAUGCCUCUCUGCUGUUAGUAUCUCAUCUCGGAUGUCUCUUGUUCCAGAUCCAUUCAGCUUUCUUGGAUUUGAAGAAUGCACAAGACACUUCUCAAAUUUAAGAUAUUGUCUUAUGAUAACUGCUAGAUUGAUGGAACUCUAACAUGUUCAUUACUCGUAAGCUUCAUAAAUGUAUUUAACAGGAACUAAUCUGCAAGGGAUGAAAAAUCAUUUAAGUCCCCAUUCUGAGUCAUCCAGAUUCUUUUCUGGUAUGGGAUUUGAAAUGAGCCAGAUUAAUGAUUGGUACAAGAAACUGGAAGCUGUGACCACUUACAUCAUGGAUUUGGCCCUUCAACUUUGAGAGCUGGAAACUGACCACUAAUUUGUUUUACAUAGAGGUGUUUAUACAGCAAAGAGACAUGAAGGUGUUACCAUUUUAUAUGUAAGACCAGCUCAUGAAGAAAAGAGAUUUAAAUUUUACAAAUGCUUCACUGGACAAAUAUUUUUUUUAAAUCAUUUGUUGCUUGCUAUGUCAGCUGGAAAUGACCAAUGAUGAUAAAUAAUUGUAAAUAAUUUAAAGAAACUAUUUUAGUAACCAUUAGAAAUAAAUUUACCUAUUUGUUUUAUAA